AUGAUGCUUGUGUUUUCGGCAUUUUUAUUGCUGGCAUUAAUUCUCAAAGUUUUGUCAGCCACAGGCUUAGCACCUCAACAAAUGCCAUCGUCCAUAACAUUCCUGUUUCUAGUAAUAAUAAUGGUUCCUAUGAACUGCAAAAUGUACGCUAUUGCAAGGCGAGCAGCAAAAAGGAACAAGGUGCGGGCCGAGAAACAAAAACAGCAGAAUACAACAGUGACAUUUCAGGAUAGUGAUAAAAUACAGGAAGAAUGUGACAAUCUACACGACGCAGAAAGUAACAAUUUACACGAGGAAAGUAACAAAUUACAUGAAGAAAGUAACAAUCUACACGAGGACAGUAACAAAUUACACGAAGAAAGUAACAAAUCACACGAGGAAAGUAACAAGUUGCACGAAGAAAUCUACUCGAGGAAAGUAACAAAUCGCACGAGGAAAGUGACAAAUCGCACGAGGAAAGUAACAAAUUACGCGAGGAAAGUAACAAAUCGCACGAGAAAAGUAACAAAUCGCACGAGAAAAGUAACAAAUCGCAUGAGGAAAGUAACAAUUUACAAAAUGAUAAUGUACAAGAUAAACAACGCAAUAAAUUAA